CCAGAUCAGCAUAUAUUUAAUUACAGUAACAAUAUUCUCAGUCAGAGGUAGUACAUCUGGUUAAGUCAUAUCCAGAUAGUACUUUGAUUAGUCCCCUUAGAUUCCUAUGCAUUCUUAUUAUUUCAGUAAUCAAAGGUAACGACUAACGCUGUUUAGGCAUUCUGAUGUUCUAUCUAAAUAAUUAUAUUUAGUCUUUAUAGCCUAGGAACAAUUAGUUAAUGUUGAAUAGUGUGAAUAGUGUAGCCUUGAGUUCUCUCUGGAGGAGGAAGCAGGAGCCAGGUGAACAAUCUAAUGUAAGGCACCUUUAAUUAACACUUUUCCAUGUAACAUCAAUACUCCCAUCCCUCCUCACUGGAAAAUGAGACAGGUCAUCUCCCCAGCCUUACCCAACCCAGACACUGCUCGGCCACGCCCCAUCGCCUGUCUUACACCCCUAAACCCCCCCAUCUCUAGAGAGGAAGUGUUGGCGUUUCGACCAACGUGCUGCAGGAUGGCUUCUGGGUCAUCAUUUUUCGUUUCUGGGAACAGGAACAGGACACGGGGAAGGAGAGGGAGAAAGAGAGAGAGAGGGCUCGCCUGCCCCUGAAUACACUGCCAAACGGUCCUCAGCUAGCUGGACUGCCUCCAUCAGCGACGCCGGGUGAUGGCACUGGACCCACUCAGCCAUCCCAUUUGAUAUGCUUCUGAAAAACUGCUCCAUUACCACCAGAUCAAAUAUCUCCUCGGUGUAUCGAUCUUCAGCCAGCAACGAGGACUCCACGACAGCAUUUUCUUUCUCCAAAUCCCGGGUUUCGGCACCACUGUGACAAAUCAUGAACUCUCUUCUGAAGGAGGAAGCGGGAGCCGAGUGAACAAUCCAGCGCUGCAGACACAGUGAUACAGUUUACACAGAACUAUAAGCCCAAACCUGACCCCAAUGGUCUGGUGUUUGGGACAGUCUUCACUGACCACAUGCUGAUCAUUGAGUGGAGUCUUGUGGAGGGCUGGCAGAAGCCACAAAUCCAACCAUUCGGGAACCUGUCCAUACACCCAGCAUGUUCUUCCCUGCAUUACGCUGUACAGCUUUUUGAGGGCAUGAAGGCGUACCGGGGUCCAGAUAACAAGCUGCUUCUCUUCAGACCCAUGCUGAACAUGAAGCGAAUGCUGAAGUCUGCACACAGAGCAUGCCUGCCUAGUUUUGAUGGUGCAGAGUUUUUGGAGUGUAUCAAGAGGCUGGUGGAGGUGGAUCAGGACUGGGUUCCUCAGUCCGACUCUGCCAGUCUGUACAUUCGUCCCACCUUCGUGGGCACAGAGCCCUCGCUUGGAGUAAAGAAGCCGUCGCGUGCAUUGCUGUUUGUCAUUCUCUGUCCCGUUGGCUCAUACUUCAGCACAGGAGCCAAACCAGUGUCUCUGUGGGCCGACUCCAAAUACAUCAGAGCCUGGAGAGGAGGAACAGGAGACUGCAAGAUGGGAGGGAACUAUGGCGCAUCUAUCUAUGCCCAGUACGAAGCAGUGGAUUACGGUUGUCAGCAGGUUCUGUGGCUGUACGGGGAUGAUCAUCAGAUCACUGAAGUUGGCACCAUGAACCUUUUCCUCUACUGGAUCAAUGAAAAAGGGGAGGAGGAACUUGCAACGCCACCUCUAGAUGGAAUUAUUCUGCCAGGCAUUACAAGGCAGAGCAUCCUGGAACUUGCUUACAAAUGGGGUGACUUUCAAGUGUCAGAGCGCUCUCUGACCAUGGGCGACCUGUGCCAGGCCCUGGAAGAAAACCGAGUGAAGGAGAUGUUUGGAUCUGGAACGGCUUGUGUCAUUAGUCCAGUUGGCAGGAUUUUGUAUCAGGGAGAGAAUCUAAAUGUUCCAUGUGAGGGAAACUGCCCUCCUCUUGCCACCAGACUGAUAAAGGAGCUCACAGAUAUUCAGUAUGGUCGGACCCCAAGUGACUGGUCUUUUGUUGUGUAAAGGAACCUCGAUGCUGUGGACAUACCUGACUGAUGCCUCUUCCUGUUCCUGUUACAAAAGCACAGAUUUUAUUAAAGUUAUAGAGAUAUAGAUAUGUGUAUAGUAAGAAUUAUUAAGAAUUAAUUGCCAAAGUAUUUUUGUGAACUAGUGAAUAUUUGGUGGUGUCAAAACAGAUAUAAAUAUUCCACAAAAAAAAUCAUACUGUAUU